CCAGGUGAAACCACUUACGUGACAUGGACUUGGUAGGUGUGUCGCCGGACAACACUGUGUUCUCAUGCCUGCAACAAUAUCUACAGCAACUCACAAUAAAACACAAAAACGUGUAGAGUUUGGUAACGUCAACAAGUUACCCAUAUAUACAUUUGUUUUUAUUCGUCUUAACUAAAACUUUCUGGAAUUUGACGUAUAACUAAAGCACCCGAGCAAAUUAAAUUGUAACACAAGCAAGGGGCGAAUGAGGACUUAAAAUCUCAAGCAAGUGUUGGAAGAUUCCGCAACGGGAAAAUCUAAAUAAAUCGUUGGGUACCUUGUUUACCAAUAAAAACUGUGCACUGCCGGGAGUUUGCCCGAGUUGGGGGUGAGGAUGUCGGAGUUAAGCGAUGAAGCGAGUGAAUCGGAGCAGUUUGGUGUCAGCCUUUCCAUGUGGCUUGGGGACAUUAACGCUUUAGUACGACCAGAGGAAUUGGAUGUACCCCUUGACCUCCAUACGGCUUGCUCCAUUGGACAAUAUGAUGUAGUAGCUGAGUGUAUCAAAAAGGGGGAGGUGAACCUGGACGGCAAGAACAUUGGUGGCUGGACUCCUCUCAUGUAUGCUUCGUAUAUUGGGCAUGACAAUAUUGCUAAUCUCUUGCUGGAGGCUGGAGUGAAAGUCAAUGCCACCACUGACAAAGGCUUGACACCCCUUAUGCUGGCAGCGAGCUGUGGGAAUGAAAGCAUUGCGUACUUUCUAAUGCAGCAAGGUGCUGAGUUAGAGCUGAAAGACUGUCGAGGCUGGACAGCCCUUCUCCACUGCACCAGUACUGGCCACCAGCAGAUGGUUAAAUUUUUGCUGGACAACAAGGCCAAUAUCAAUGUGAAGGAGCCAGGGUCUGGCUUUACUCCUCUGAUGGAGGCUGCUGCAUCCGGACAUGAAAUCAUUGUGCAAUACCUCCUUGACCAUGGUGUCAAAGUAGACGAGCGGAAUGCCAAGGGAGAAACCGCCCGAGCCCUGGCUAUGAUGUAUGGCCACACAAAGAUCGCCAGUCUCAUUGACAUACGCUUUCCAAAGGCCAAACCAGGACACACUGAGGACCUGAGCUCUUCUGAGGACUCUGACGGCAGCACUCCCCCCAGACGUUUGGGUCGCAGCCGAAACAAAGGCCCCAGCAUUCACGACGGGCCCCAGGCCAUUGCCAAAUUCAGAGUAGGAGGCUCCAGUAAACACUCAGAGCCCGUGGCGGCGCCCCCUGGGUACAUUGCAUUCCGGGACGUCGGGGAGCAAAGUGAGGGCAUCUGUUUCCGUGACGUCACCUCGCCCAUCAACGAGCUGGACGGCCAGAGCAACAGCAGCAGAGACGAGAGCCCCUUCUUUGAUAAUGACAUGCCUACCAUGAGGAGCAGCAGUAGCAGCAGCGAGUAUCUCCCCCGUGUGGUCGGGCUCAGCCGAGAGGGCUCGUUGGAGAGUAACGAGGAUUCGGAUCAGGCUAAAAAGAGCUGCUCCCGCCGCACAAACAAGGGUCAUCAUGCUAAAGGCAAAGGUCGCCAUGGCGGCAGCAGUGAGACGGUGCAGCCUGGCGGCCUAGGGAACUGUGGGAUACGCUCACCUGUUGGUGGUCCGCCAGACUACGCAGGUCCCAAGGACCUUGCAGAGUUCCUGGAGCAAAUCGGCUUCUCGAAGUACCUCCCACUUCUGGAGGAACAAGACAUUGACCUAAGGAUAUUUCUCACCCUUACAGAGAAUGACCUAAAGGAAGUGGGAAUCACGCUAUUUGGACCCAAACGCAAGAUGACCUCGGCCAUUGCCCGGUGGCACAGUAGUGCCCGCCCACCCAGCGACGCUCUGGAACAGGCCUACGCAGACCAGCUGGAGGCAGAGAUGCAGGAGAUGGCUAUUCAGCUACAUAAGAGGUGUGAGGAGGCGGAAGCCCUGCAGGGUCAGGUGUCUCAGGAGAAGGAGCUGCGCACUGUGAUUGAGGGAUGCCUGAUGGAGGACAAGAUGGCCUGGAGGCGGGUGCACACGGAGCUGGUGGACAACCACCGGCUGGCUCAGGAGAUGCACGCCAAGCUGGAAAAGGCCCGCGCCUGCCGCGCUGAACUCCUGUCUCUUCUCGACGGCAACGGCAGUCCUUACCAUGGCUUUGGCAAACCAGAUACUGGUGGAAAGGGCUUGAAGUCCACCACUGUCUCAGACUUAAUGAAGCAGCUGGAUUCGUAUGAAGAGGAGCUAGGGGAGACCCUCCAGGCUUUACUCCAGAGCCUGAGAAGACUCAGUGUCCCAGAGAAGGUCACAGACAGCUGGGAACAGCCCUAGGCAGUGCUGGGUUUUCUGACAAUCCUGACGGAGGGUGAGCAAGCCACCCUGAACACACUUAAUGGACCGGGAGGGGGCCAGCUAACACUGAAGACAGUGGGUUAAGGACCAGUGCCACCCAGGCCCUCCCGUAAGGGGAAUGGUCCAGGGCUGGAUGCCUCUAGCCUGGGCUGGUCGAAGACAGGAGAGGCCAUUGGCAGCUACUGCAGAGACAAAUGGGCAGCUAUCCUUCGCAUGCCUGUGCUAUUGAUGGACUGUUUUAGACUGCAUAGUCGGGAGGGUGAUCAGCCAGAUCCCUAAAGCCAGGUUGUCUGGUUGGAAGCAGUUUGAAAGUAGAUCCACUGACCUAUCCUAAAUGGAGAACAUACAGUUGAAGUCGGAAGUUUACAUACACUUAGGUUGAAGUCAUAAAAACACUUUUUUUUUUAAACCACUCCACAGAUUUCAUGUUAACAAACUAUAGUUUUGGCAAGUCGGUUAGGAUAUCUUUCUGCACAAAGCAAGUACUUUUUGCUUAUAGACAGAAUUCACGUAAUUCACUUUAGACCAUUUCACACUGUAUAUCUUAGCUUAGCCUGUGUUCACCUUUUAACUCCGGGCUAAGGUUUAACCCUGGGUUAAGGAUUCACACUUGUAUUCCUAAGCCCUGGGCUAAUGGACAAACACUACACAAUACAAUUUUACAUUCUAUGAUGCGAAUAAUGUUACAGUAGCCUACAUCACUAACAUGCGAUAAGUGUCUAGAUCUACGUCCAAAGCAAGCUGAUAGCUACUUCGCUAAGAUUUAUCAGAUAUAAUGAAACGACAAAAGUUUGCAGAAAGGACCAAAAAGACGGGGCUGUUGGUAACGGUGCGUGUCAUGAGCGUAUGUAAAUUAAGUGAAAGGGCAGGUUUUGUGUUUGGACAAAAGUUUUAUGGUUUUGUUCUUGACUCUUUCACACUGGUUAUAUUGUGUUUCUGUGGGUAGCCUUGAAAAGUCGGUGCCAACCUGGCUGCAAAGCAGGGCCAGCUCACCCUAGGGUGGUGCUAGCCCACUUCAAAAUAUGCAAGUGUGAACAGUUUCUUAGGAGGCCCUUAGCCCAGGGCUUAGGUGCAGUGUUAACACAUCUUAUUUCACCAUUCCCGUGGGUCAGAAUUAUGUUAAAUUCAAGAACAUUUCAUGGCUUUAGAAGAUUCUGAUAAAUUAUAUGAAUUAGCCUGAGCCAGUUGGAGGUGUACUUGUGGAUGUAUUUCAAAGCCUACCUUCAAAGUCAGUGCCUCUUUGCUUGAUGUUAUUGGAAAGUCAAAAGAAAUCAGCCAAGACCUCAGAAAAAAAUGUAUACACCUCCAUAAGUCUAGUUCAUCCUUGGGAGCAUUUUCCAAAUGCCUGAAGUUAACAUGUUCAUCUGUACAAACAAUAGUAUACAAGUUUAAACACCAUGGGACCUCACAGUUGUCAUACCGUUCAGGGAGAUGUUUUCUGUCUCCUAGGGAUUCAUGUACUUUGGUGUGAAAGGUGCAACUCUUUCCCAGAACAACAGCAAAGGACCUUGUGAAGAUCAUGGGGGAAACCGGUACAGUAGUAUCUAUAUCUUAUUGGAGAAAUGUCCUCAAAAAUUUAACUGUUUGGACAUAAUGACCAUAGUUUGGAGGGAAAAGGGAGGUUUGCAAGCCUUAGACCAUCAUGCCAACUGUGAAGCACGGCUGUGGCAGCAUGUUGUGGGGGUGCUUUGCUGCAGGAGGGACUGGACUUCACAAAGUAGAUGGCACCAUGAGGAAGGAAACGUAUGUGGAAAUAUUGAAGCAACAUCUCAAGACAUCAGUCAGGAAGUUAAUGCUUGGUCGCAAAUGGGUCUUCUAAAUGGACAAUGACCCCAAGCAUACUUCCAAAGUUGUGGUAAAAUGGCUUAAGGACAACAAAGUCAAGGUAUGGCCAUCACAAAGCCCUGACCUCAAUCCUAUAGAAGAUUUGUGGGCAUAACUGAAAAAGCAUGCGUGAGCAAGGAGGCCUACAAACCUGACUUUUACACCAGCUCAGUCAGGAGGAAUGGGCCAACUUAUUAAUCCAACAUAUUGUGGGAAGCUUGUGGAAGGCUACCUGAAAAGUUUGACCUAAGUUGAAAAUGUUUAAGGCACUGCUACCAAAUACUAAUUGACUGUAAACUUCUGACCCACUGGAAAAUGUGAUGAAAGAAAUAAAAUAUGAAAUCAAUCACUCUCUACGACAUCUUACAUUCUUAAAGUGGUGAUCCUAAGACAGGGAAUUUUUACUAGGAUUGAAGGACAGGAAUGGUGAACAACUGAAUUUAAAUGUAUUUGGCUAAGGUGUAUGUACUUCCGACUGUAGUGACAUAGCUUUUUACUAACCCUUUCUUUGUUAUGAAGGGAACAUAAAUUAAUAGAUUUUUAUUUUGGUUAUUCCUUUCCAAUCAGUUGUGCUUUUCAAAUAAAUAUUAAAUGUAAUGUUAAUUGUUAGUACGUUUCAUCCUGUCGAAGUCUGCAACAGAAUAUCACCAUGGAUGGAAACAAUGGCCUCCAUUGUUCACCUUGCCUAUGUUACUAAUCUUCUGUAAUGGUUACAAGUAUGUUGUUUUUCUGGGAUUAUUUAUACUCUGGGAAUGUACCACACUUAACAUUUUGCAAUCAAUAUUCACAUCUUUAACUAUGACCUAAGUGAACUGAAUGUGUUAAGCUCAUUAGUGAACAUCUUCAAUGAAGUGCAUUAGGUUUUAAUGUUUGAGGAUAUUGUUUCUCCAACAAUUGUAAUUUCUGAAAGGUUUUGGUAUGGUUUAAUUGAAAAAGGUAAUUGAUUAGGGUUAUUCACAAGUUUUAGGAUGCAGAAAGGGGUACUGUCCAAGAAUAAACUGAUGAAUAUGGAUGAAUGUGUGGAAAAACAGAUCUCAUGAAUAAAGUCCACAUUACCAUCA